UGAAUUCUGUGGUAAUAAUUUUGAUUCUUUCUUUAAGUUAGAGGGCAUAAUUCACCAAACUACCAAUGCUUACACACUAGAACAAAACGGUCUUGCAGAAAGGCUAAACAGGUGUUUAGUGGAGAAGGCUAAGUGCCUUAUGUUUGACGCUGGUUUAGGUAAGAAGUUUUGAACAGAGGCAGUAAAUACUGCUAACUACAUCAGGAACCGAUGUAUUUCAAGUGGUUUGGAUGGAAAGACACCCUAUGAAGUGUGGCAUGGUUCCAAGCCAGAUUUGUCACAUUUUAAGAUCUUUGGGAGCAGCGUUAUGGUACAUGUUCCGAAAGAAAAGAGACUUAAGCUGGAUAAAAAGUCUAAUAUGUGUAUCAUGGUUGGAUAUGCAGAGAAUAUUAAAGGGUAUAGAAUUUAUGAUCCAAAAAUAGAUGACGUCACAACUAGCAGGGAUGUUCAAAUUCAUGAAGAUAUGAAAUCCAUGGAGCCAGUGUUCUCAAAGGAAACUGUAGUUUCAGUGGGGAUAGGAGGAACAGCAUUCCAGAGCAGAAUGAUGAGAGUGGUUCUAUCAGUAGUGAAUAUGGUUCAGUAGAGUAUUGAAAAUGAUGUUUUUCAGGAUAACCCAAGUGAUGCAGACUAUGUACCUGAAUUAUCAUAUACAAGUUUUGACAAUAAUGGAAGCUUAGGGGCAGCAGCUCCAAGGAAAUCAACUAGAGAGAGGUCAGCUAAGAAGUACGAUGAUUAUGUUGUAUUUUUCUGUCCAACAACUGGAUACUCAGUCUGUACACCAGAAGUGUCGCAGAUGCUGUCUAGACCUGAUGGUAAUCAGUGGAGAGCGGCGAUGCAAGAGGAGAUCAAAUGUUUGGAGGAAAACGAGACAUGGGAGUUGGUGGAGCGGUCAAGUGAGUUUCCAGUUGUCGAAUCUUGUUCAGUAUCAGUCGGAGCAUGGACUCUGGUGGCGAUAUCCGUAGAAAGAUAUUAUGCAAUUUGCCAUCCACUACGAUCAUUAGCCUGGCAAACUCUUAGCCACGCAUAUAAGACAAUCUUCGCUAUUUGGAUAGGCAGCUUUAUUUGUAUGUUACCAAUUGCAAUCUUAAGUGAGUUAAAGCCGACCAGACAAGGAAACCAUAAAUGCAGAGAGAACUGGCCAUCAAUGAAUUGUGAAAAAGCCUACAAUCUUUUCUUAGAUGUUGUUUUAAUGAUACUGCCAUUGUUUGUCCUAAUAGUUACCUAUUCACUUAUCACUCGUUCAUUGUGGAAAGGGAUUCAGAGAGAGAGAUUUUUAAAAUCAAACCCUGGACCUACAGUAGAUAGCUACGUCAACCUACAACAAAGAAACAGCAACUCAAACUUUAGUUGUCGCUUAAAAAAUAAGUCAAAUAACUCCAACCAACGACAGAAAAAACAAACUACUUGGUCAACGGUUCGAAACUUAUCAGACGAAUCCAAUUCUCCUAUCGGAUCCAAUAAUUCAAAACGCCUUACUACUGGUUUAUUGCGCAAAACCAACGCAGAGCGCAGUUUAUGUAACAAAAAACGGGUUAUCAAAAUGCUCUGCGUCGUUGUAUUAGAAUUUUUUAUUUGCUGGUGCCCGCUAUAUGUUAUAAACACAAUCGUACUUUUUGAUAAAUAUUAUAUUUACGAUAAUAUUGGAUAUGCGGGGGUAAGCUUCUUUCAGUUGCUUGCCUAUACAUCGAGUUGCUGUAAUCCCAUAACUUACUGUUUUAUGAACCGCGGUUUUCGAAAUAGUUUCUUAAAACUCUUUUCUUGUUUAAAGACCCCCAAACCGUGUAAAUCGCAAUUUCGUGUCGAGGGCAGCGAUUGUAAUAUUGACCUAAGAUAUAGCAACCACUUAAGGCCACGAGGAUCAGAGAAGUAAAAUAGAGCUUGGGAGAGAAACUCACAUAAUCACGAAAAAUUAUCUAUUUAAAUGUUUGUAUUUGUGUGUCUACUUUUUUUAAAUAUAUUUUUUAAUUAUA